AUGUCAGUGUCAACGUUCAGCUCGCCGACGAAACAGCGGUCAUCAAAUUCCAAUCCCUUCGCAUUAGCGGGCACCCCGAAGGGCUCACCUCUCAAACCGCAAGACCAACCACGUCCGCCACAUGCGUCCUUCUUCAACCCCCAACUGCCGCGCAAGCCAUCAGCGCCGGCAUUUCGGAAUCCCGCUUUCACUACUCCGCAGAAACGGGUCGAAGAGCUAGCGUACCCCGAUUAUUCCGGUGCCGAAUCCAGUCCCGCCCUGACCGACACUUCCGAAAUGCCAGCGGAAACCCCGGAGUUUGAACGAGAGGAGGAAGUCGGGAAGUUGACCCUCACUCCGUCCGCCGGAAGGACACUGUUCAGCAAGACGUUGCUACGGAACCAUGCGUCAGGUCGCGGGGAGAUUACCCGGUCAAGCCGAGACAAAAUUAGGAAGAGAAAGCGCCUACACGGCGACCGUGACGUCGGCAGUGGCCGGUCCCGCCUACCACACGACUCCGACGAUUCCGAUAGUGACUGGGAGGAUGCGCUAGGCCAUGGCGCUAAGCGGAGCAAGGACGGCAAGAAACCGAGCCGGGGCUGGGUUAACAACUUCCUCUCCGCGGUUAGCGACCAUCCGAGCGCGCCGGCGAUCCUAUCCAAAUGGCUCCAAUUGGGUGUCAACGUCAUCCUACUCAGCCUCGUUCUCUUUGGCAUGUUCGCCAUUUUCUCCCAGGUCCGGUCUGACCUCUCUCAGGCGGGUGAAAAAGCCCGGGCGGCUAUCGUCAACGAGAUGUCGGUCUGCACGGAGAACUACCGAAAGAACGGGUGUGCACCAAGAUCAAGCAGGGCGCCUGCUCUGGACGGGCCCUGCAACGAGUGGGAGGCAUGCAUGAACCAGGAUCCCUCGGCAAUUAUGCAUGUCCAAAUCUCGGCCAAGAAUAUUGCCGAGAUCAUGAAUGAGUUUGUCGGCGUUCUGACUUUCAAGACUUGGGGUUUCAUUCUCUCUCUUUUCCUUGUCGCCGUCGUCGCCAGCAAUGUCGGCUUUGGGUUUCUCCGCGAAUCUACUCUCACUCACGCGCCGAAGCCCGCAGAACCCCUGCAUUCACCACCGGUGGUACCCCCCAUGCUGGGGUCAGCAGUCGCACACAACCCUCAGCAGGCCUACAUAUGGGCUCCCCUCAGCCAGACACCGCGGCAUGUCCGGAAGAACUUCUUUGCCAAUGACGUCACGGACUCGGAAGCAUCGCCAGACAUGAAGAUGAUCAUGCCGCCUCAGACUCCAUCAGGAAGGAGGAGUCCGAGCAAGGGAGACAGGGGCCGGAGCCCCACGAAGGGCACUCGGGUACGGAGCCCGAGUAAGGGGUACUAA